AUGAAAUUCUUCUCCGCCUUACCCCUCCUCGUGGUAGCGAUAGCCCAUAGCGCGUCUGCCCACUACAUCUGGCACACGCUCAUCGCAGGAGACACCCAAUCCAGCGCAGCUGUCCGCCAGCCCAUCAACAACUCCCCCGUUGAGGACGUCACCUCCCCCAACAUCCGCUGCAACAUCAACACCCCAGCCACACAGACCGUCAGCGUCGCGGCCGGCAGCACCAUCGGCUUCAUCCUAGACAACACGUUGUACCAUUCCGGGCCAGCUGCCAUCUACCUCGGCAAAGCCCCAGGGUCCGUCGCUAGCUGGGAUGGGAGCGGGGCUAACUGGUUCAAGAUCGCAGAAUGGGGAGCUACAUUCGAUCCCUUCAAGUUUACCGCUGAGGGACUCAGUACACUGACGACUACGAUCCCUUCGAGCGUUCAAGCCGGCGAAUAUCUAGUCCGUAUCGAGCAAAUUGGGUUACACGUAGCUGGUGCUCCGCAAUGGUACAUAUCCUGCGCUCAGAUCAGCAUCACCGGCGGUGGGAAUGCCAAUCCCGCCAAGGUCUCCUUCCCGGGAUACGCACAGGCUAGCGACCCUGGACUCACCGUCAACAUCUACUACCCAGUCCCUACUUCAUACACGGUUCCCGGCCCAAGACCCUUCCGCGGAUAA